UUUUUUUUUUUUUUUUUCCUGAUAUCCUGUUGCCUGACUCACUCUGUGUAUGUCGCAACGAAGCGCUGAGAAACAAGCAGGCAUACAAUAGUGAACAAUAUAAAACAUGCGGGCAAGAGAGAGAUGAUGAAAACAGAGAAAAAAAAACUAUAUUCUAUUUCUUAAUCCUGUCACGACGCGCUUUGAUCGCAGACUAAUAAGAUGCAAAGGAAAGCGUUCUGAAGCGGCGUCUUGAAUUUCCGUAGCUUUGAUAGAUGUAGUCAUAGCAACACAGUGUUACCAUUGAUGCCUCACAGCACAUGAACAAGUCACUGGUGCCCUCAUACGCAAAACACAGAGCCUCCCAGUUCACCGCGCAGUCAGCAGAACCUUCUCACGGCAUGACCUUUGGGUGCCUGCUAAAACAAACCACAAAACUGACGUAAUAGCAGCGCCUCGUCUCACUCUUUCACUCCUGAGUCACGGAGGCGAGGAGGGCGAGGGACGAACCAAAGAAUCAAGUACUAGACUCGCCUGAACCUCGUAUAUUUCUAUAAGGUUAUCCUCAAAAUGGCUCUGGAAAUCCAAGUUGUCAGCGCCUCCAGUCUACAGAAUCUGGAGACACUGGGCAAGAGUGAUCCUUAUGUAUCCAUCACUUUCCAAGGCGAGAAGAAGAAGACAGAGACCAAAUCAGGCACACUAGAUCCAGUAUGGGAGGAGACCUUGAAGUGGGAACUGUCCUCGAAGGCACCGCGACCUGACGAGUGCAUUGACAUCCUCGUAAAGGACUAUGAGAGAGUCUCCAGGAACAGGCUAAUUGGUAAAGCGACGAUCGCGCUGCGCAACUUGGUCCACGCCGCUCCGGGGACGCCGCUUGACUAUGAGCUGAGUCUCCUGGAUGCCACAGACUCCCCCACUGUAGGCACUCUCAAGCUGAUCGUCUCGUAUACACCGCCCGCUGGAGCGAAGAAAGGCGGCAUGGUGGGUGGAGGAAAGAGUGUGGCCGCGAUGGCAGCCAAAACAGCCGCGGCCACCUCCACUCUCUCAGACGGCAUCUCCCCAAUGCCAGACGUGUGCGUGGAGGGCACAGCGGAGGGGAUGCCGGCCAUGCCCCAGCAAAGGAACAGGGACAGGCUAUCCAACGUGAAGACAAGCUUUCAGGUGCGGGUGAGAGUGGUGGAGGGGCGUCAGCUACUCGGCGCCAACAUGAACCCUGUGUGCCGAGUGACGCUGGAUGGACAGACCCGCCAGACUCGAGUCCACAAGGGUACCACCUCCCCCUGGUUCGACGAGAUCUUCUUCUUCCAGGCCGAGGAGAUCCCGUCCACCUUCCUUGAGAAGUUCUUAGAGUUCAAGGUGUGUAAUUCUUCGGGGAUCCGGUCCAGCACAAUAAUCGGAGCCUUCAAGUGUGAGGUGGGCAUGGCGUAUGACCAGCAAGACCACGCCAUCCUCAACCGCUGGCUAGUGCUGGCUGAUCCCGACGAGGCCACGCCCACUGUCCAGGGUUACCUCAAGGUGAGCGUGGCUGUUUUGGGUCCCGGUGACAUGUGCCCGGACAUGACUGCAAAUCAAAGUGACCAGGAUGAUGUAGAGGCCAACUUGUUGUGGUCUGCCGGCGUGCAUCUGCAGCCCGCCACCUUCGUGCUCUCCGUCUACUGUGCCCAGAACUUGCCGCAAAUGGACGCAGGCACUAUGCAAACACUGAAGCAGGUGCUAGGGGUUGGCACACCUUCCAAGGAACUCGUGGACCCUUACCUAGUGGCCUCUUAUGCCGGCAAAGAAGUACAGACCAAGAUCCUUUACACCAACGAAAACCCGGAGUUCCGCCAAAACCUCUACAUGGGUUUCCUCUUUCCCUCCAUGUGUAAUGUGAUCAAGAUUGUCGUCAAAGAUUGGGACCGUGUAGGAGAGGACGACAUCAUCGGGACGGCCACCAUUCCCGUAUCUGCCAUCUCAGCGCCGGGAGAGGACGGCUACCUCCCUACCUUCGGGCCAGCCUGGGUGAACAUAUACGGGACCCGACGUGAGUGGGAGCUUUUAGAGGGUGAUGCGUCCAAAAAGAUGAACAAAGGACAAAACGAAGGCUGUGCUUACAGGGGUCGCGUGCUCCUGGCCCUCCACACUCAGGUGGGGUCGUACCCUGCCGCCCCCACCACUGCCAUUGACAACAGCGACUACAACAAAGUGCGGAGAUUCCGUGGCACUCGCAAGUUCGUCGUCCAGUGCCACCUGAGCGGCGCCUGGCUCCUGGAGUCAGCCGAGAAUCCUGUGGAGUUGGAAGUGUCCUUAGGGAACUUUGGCAACAAGCUGGAGAAUAAGAUGAUUCCCUCGCCCUCCUCCACUCACCCCGCCAACCCAGUCUUCGAUGGAUGCAAGUACUACUUCCUGCCAUGGUCUGGGGUGGAGCCCUUUGUCACCGUCCACUGUGACUUCGAGGACGUGACACAUCGCCUACACAGCGUCAAUCACAUCAUCUCUAUCAUCAGUGUGGUGAAGAAAGAUCUGGAUAACCUUCGCUCCCAAUUGCGAGGUAAUGGGCAAAAGAAGAUGGAAGAUGCAGUCACAGGAGCGAUAUCCAGGCUGGUGGAGGCUUGCAGUCUGGAACUGCCUGAGGUGGACGCUUUGAGACACUCCGAGACCUCCCUUGACAUUCACCUGAGGGGAAGGAGACGCAGAGAGCUGGACGAGGUGAAGAAGGCCAUGCAAGCGCUGGACACUUCUGAGCCUCAGCAUGUGAUUGAGGAGCUGGAGUCUGUCCUUGGCUGCCUGGAAAAUCUGGCCGUGGAGUCCCAGUCCAGCAUCCCAGAUGUGUUCCUGUGGCUGAUGAGUGGAACACGGCGCCUGGCAUAUGUGCGCAUCCCAGCCCACUCAGUCCUGUUUGCCCAUGAGCCCAAUGCCCAGGGAAUGCUGUGUGGCAAAUUCAAUACCUAUGCCCUUACCAACCCAGAUGAUGAAUCACGGUGGGGCCUUGGAGGUGUGGUGCGUGCCUCUGUGUGGCUGGGCCGAGAGGAGGACCUGCGCACGUGGUGGGACUUCAGGCCAGAUCUGCAGCUCACAGUCUAUGCUGAGACUUAUGAGAACCAGGUGGUGCCUGUGCCUGGGAGUGGGAAGUGGAGUGACAGUGGCCUGCUUAUGACGCGGCCAAAGUUCUCUGAUGCUGACGGUUUGCUGAACCUUCCUCGAGAGGACUUCUCUGCUCCUGAAGGCUGGGGCUUCCAGGGAGAUUGGUUUGUUGACCCUGACCCCAGUGUGAUGUUUGCUGCUGAUGCUGGCCGACAGCUUUUCACAGAGGAAGUGUUUGAGCAACAGUUGCGUCUCCCUGGUGGUGCUUGGGUACCAGCCCCUAAUUCAUGGACAGAUGCACGCAAUGACCCAGCAACCAGCAGGGAUGAGAUCAAGCUGCCUGAGGGCUGGGCAUGGCGAGACCUAUGGUCGUACGACCUGCAGCGUGCAGUGGAUGGAGAGGGCUGGGAGUUCACAGUGGAGUCUGGAGGUCUGGUGGGGUGGUCACCACAGGAGAAGAUUUACCACACAAGGAGGAGACGACGCUGGAUCAGGGAGAGACAUCUGGUUCAAAAGGUGGAGAAGAAGGAGACAAUGCCAGUGGAUGGGUGGGAGUACGCCCCUCUGUUCCGCCUCCAGUUCCAUGCCAUUGAACGGAAGAUAGACAUGGUGCGGCGCCGGAGGUGGAGGAGACGUCUGGUGCCUGCACAGGGUGGCCUUCCCCCAACACCCAGGCUCUCCAUUUUGACUGGCAAAGGUGAUGAGAAGUUCUCCCAGCUCACCUGUCCCCGCAUGUACCUACUGAGUGCAGAGCGUCACAAGUACCAGCUGCGGGCACACAUCUACCAGGCUCGUGACCUUAUUCCAGGAGACAAAACUGGCCUUGCCGAUCCUUAUGCGGUGGUGAGCUUCUGUAAUGGCACCCAGCAGACUGAGAAGCAAAUGAAGACCCUCUGCCCAACUUGGGACCAGACUCUCAUUUUUGAUGAUGUUCCUCUAACUGGCCGGGUGGAUGAUGCCACCAGCCAGGCCCCCAAGGUGGUGGUGGAGGUGUUCGACUGGGAUGCUCGGGGUGCCCCGGAGUACUUGGGCCGGGUGUUCUGCCAGCCAGCUUUGGUGGUGCCUUCCAAUGGGUACCAACCUCUGCCCCUCCAAUGGUACCAACUCUCACUGGGGAAUGAUAAGCAAGGUGAGCUGCUUGCAUCCUUUGAGCUUCUGCUGAAGGAUGGAGAAGAGGAGCUUCCCAUCCUGCCUCCCACCCGCCACGGAGGAGACCUCUUCAUGGUGCCCUUCGGAGUGCGCCCUCUGCUGCAGCGCACACGAAUAGAGAUCCUGUGCUGGGGAAUGAGGAACAUGGCCACCUAUGAGCUGCAGUCUGUCACGCGACCAUCCAUUGAGUUUGAGUGUGGUGGUGAGCGCAUCACCUCCCCCACCAUGAAGAACUUACGCAUCAACCCCAACUUUGACAAGCCACACCUUGUUUUUGAUGUGGAGCUGCCGAAGGAGACGCUGUACAUACCGCCCCUCACACUGCGGGUAGUGGACCACAGGGCCUUUGGCAGCAAGCCUGUGGUGGCAACAGCUGUGGUGACUGACCUGCAGCGCUACACUGUGGAGCCCAAGGCAGCCAGGAGGAAACGUAAGAGCAAGAAGCCUACACUCGGCCAAAGAGACAGCUUGGCUCAGACCUCCCUCAGUGGUCUGGACAGCAAGCCACUGAUGGAUAAGGAGUCUCACCACCGACCCACCCCCAGUCACGCCCAGGCCUCACGGGAGCCCGGCACAGUAGAUGUUGAUAUAGACUGGUGGGCAAAGUACUACGCUUCAAGUGGCCAGUUGGAGAGAGCUGGGUCGUAUUUAAAUAAAGGGUAUGAGAAACUGGAGGUGCUGAAGGGAACAUUGGAGGAUGAGGGGAGGUUCGCUGGCUUCAAGGACAUGAUAGACACAGUAGCCUUGUACCGGGGCCGAGGUGACAAGGCCCAGCUGGCAGGAGAGUUCAAGGGAACAUUCCGCAUGUACCCUCUGUCCUCUGAUGAGCCUGAGGAGCCGCCCUUGGUCCUGGCUGGCUACCCAACCUCAGACUUGCAGGAGGUGGUGGCUCGGGUGUACGUAGUGAUGGGACAGGAUCUCGCCCCUAAGGAUGCCGGCUGCUCCUCAGAUCCCUACGUUGUGGUCAAGCUGGGCAAGAGUACCAAGUCCUCAAAAGAUGACUACCGGCCAAAUACACUCAACCCCAUGUUUGGCCAUGUGUUUGAGGUGACAGGAACACUUCCACUCCACAAGGACCUCACAGUGCAGGUGUGGGACCACGACAUGAUCUCCUCAGAUGACCUGAUUGGUGAGACAGUCAUUGACUUGGAGAACCGCUACCUGACACGCCACCGUGCUACCAUCGGCUUGCCUCGGCAGUACCACGUGAGUGGAAGCAACAUGUGGCGAGAUGUGGAGCUUCCCUCAGAGAUUCUAACAAAGGUGGCACGGGAAAAGAACCUUGAAGGGCCUCUGUGGCACCAGCAGCCCUUCAGCCUCACCCUUGGGGGCACCACCUACGCCCUCUCAGAAUUUGAACACCCAGAUGUUGUCUUGCCACCCACCGUAGGGAACUCCAGGGAGCGUCUGGCCCUUCACGUGCUGCACAAGGCCGUGUCCCUCGUUCCUGAGCAUGUGGAGAACAGGACCCUCAUGCACCCAUCCCACCCAGGCAUCCCACAGGGGCAGCUCAUGCUCUGGGUGGAUCUCUUCCCCUCCUCUGUGUCAGGCCAGACCUUGCCUCCCCCUGUUGAUAUCACUCCCAGAAAACCCCACAAAUAUUUGCUACGAGUGGUUGUGUUCAACGUGUUUGAGGCACCCCUGCAGGAGACGGCUGUUAUUGGUGGGGAGAAGAUGAGUGAUGUAUAUGUGAAGGGCUGGCUACAGGGCACCAAUAAUGUCCAGAAGACUGACACACACUACAGGUGCAUGGAUGGGGAGGCAAACUUCAACUGGCGCUUCGUCUUCCCACUGGAGAUGCUGGAGGCAGAGCAGGUCAUGUUGGUGGAGUACAAGGAACACCCUUGGAGUCUGAACUCGACCCAACAGCGCCGCCCCCCACAGCUCACCCUUCAGCUGUGGGACAAUGACCUCAUCCUUAGAGACGACUACUUAAGUGAGAUGACCAUUGACCUGUGCCACCUGCCUAAGCCAGCCAAGAGCCUGAGGGGUGUCAGCCCAGCACAGGUGCCACAGAUGAUGGGUAAUGGCACCUCCAACAGUGUGGCUAUCACCUUCUUGGAUGACCACUCAGCCUCUGUCAACCUGUUUGAGGCCAAGAGGGUGUAUGGGUACUUCCCCUUCACCCGUGUGGAGGAGGGAGUCGUCGAGAUUGCUGGCAAGAUAGAGAUGGAGCUGGAGGUAGUGACUGAGGAGGACAGCAAAGCAAGGCCAGCUGGCCUAGGGAGAGAUGAGCCAAACAUGAACCCAAAAUUGCCUGAGCCAAACCGCCCAGCAACUUCCUUCCUGUGGCUGUCCUCGCCCUGGAAGUCCUUCAGGCACAUCAUCUGGAAGAACUACAAAUGGUACUGCAUCACCCUCGUCAUCCUCGUCAUCCUGUUCCUGUUCCUCUUCCUCUUCCUCUACUCCUUCCCGGGCGCCACCGUGGAGUACAUCCUGGGCACGUACUAAAGGCGUGCUCCACCACCCAGCAAGUCCUACCCACCCGUCCUGCUGCUUCUUGCUUGUCUCAGCUUCACUAUACAAGGAGCGGGAGCCUCACUUUAUUAUUACCACAGAUUUUAUCGUUAUUUAAUCCAAGUGAAGUUUUUAUAUCAUUGUUAUGUUUAUGAUUCUUGAUGUGAUGAGAACUGUGUCAAAUAUAAUCGUUUAACGAGGUGCUUACUUACGUGGUCAUCAGUGCCUUACGUACUACCUGUACUAUGUAGCUGUGACAUAUAUUUAUGAAAAUACAGAUAUCAUGUUUAUAUCUUAAAGAAAUAUGUUUGUUUAAUUUAUGAAUCCAUAAGAAAGUGUUGUAAAAUUAGUUGGGGGUUCGAACUUAAGAGACGUUUCGAAACAGGUGAGGGUAAACGUGGGAAAAGGACAUGGCAGGCAGGUACCACUUAUUUGAUAACGAAAAUGUUAGACAGACAAAAAUUAUAAAACGUAAAUCCUGGGAAAUGCGAUAAAGUAUAAUCUAAAAGGUUAAUCAAUGUAGAGCAUCAGGGAGUCACAUAUCUUGCUGGGACCAAAACACUUGAGCUGAACGCCUGAACCUGAGUGAAACAGUCAUUGUUGGAUUGACAGGCAAGGAAGACGGAUCCCCUCUCUGGCUGUGAAGAAGAAAUAUGGCCUUAUGAAGGUUUGGAGGAGAGCAUUAUGAAGCAAGGAAAUGUCAUAGUGAAUGAGCAGUUUCUCAAGAACAGUGAAUACACGAGUUUUGUGUUGGCUCUGAAUAGUAUUGCUGGAAGGCCUCAACUCAGUGCUUACUGCUCGGGUACACGCCGCCAAGGAUCCUUGCACGCCAGGCACACACGCACACAAGCGUGCACGCAACACCAGCUGUCAAACAUCACUUCCCACCUUUACACACUCACCAGCACCCCAUGUAAGGCCAUCCAUGUGGAUCUUCCUGAUCUCCUUCUCCAUCUCUGCCAUGUCUGUCUCAUCAUCCCAAGGUUUGCAGUCGAGGAGGACGGAGGACUUGGCAAUGGGGCCUGGCUUCUUUGACUUCUUCUCUGCAUAUUCCUUAAGGCGCUGUUCUCUGACUUUGGCAGCUGCCUCAUCUUCCUGCAUUGUGGAUAAAAGGAUGAAAAUUGUAUGAGAAAAUAGUAAAACAAUUCAGAAAUGUCUUCAAGCAAGAAUAAAAGUAAAAAUAUCUUG